AUGGUUAAGUCACAUUUAAUAGUACAUAGAAUAAUUCAAAACUAUACUUUUUGGUAUCACCACGGGGAAAAGUUAGGUGAGCCACAAUCAACUCCUGAAGAUGUAGAAGAUGAUGACGUUGAAGGAGUUGAUGAUGAGGAUGAAAUACAUGGGAUCCUAAGAGAUUUAUACCCUGAUUUUGAUGCCGAUAAUACUAACACUGAUGGUGAUGAUUUUCUUGAGGAGGAACCAAAUCUUGAUGCAAAAAAAUUCUAUAGGCUUUUAAAGGAUUAUGAGCAACCAUUGUACCAAAAUUCAAAAGUUUCUAAACUUUCUACUAUGGUUAAAUUGCUUCAUAUCAAAAGUAUUGGGCGUUGGAGUCAUGAGUCAUUUACAAUGUUGUUGAACAUGUUGAAGGAAGAUCUAUUGCCUGACGAAUCAAACUUGCCAGAUUCAUAUUAUGAGGCAAAGAAGAUAAUUCGGGAUCUUGGACUUUCUUACAGGAAGAUUGAUGCGUGUAAGAAUAAUUGCAUGCUAUACUGGAAGGAUGACAAGUUUCUUGAAUCUUGCAAAGUUUGUGGAGUAUCUAGAUGGAAAGAGGAUAAACAUAGUGGAGAAACUAAAUUUAUGAGCGGGAAAAAGAUAGCGCACAAGAUUUUACGUUAUUUUCCCUUAAAGCCAAGACUCCAAAGAUUAUUUAUGUCCUCAAAGAUAUCAUCUUUAAUGACAUGGCAUCAUGAUAAAAGAGUUGACGAUGGAAUAAUGAGGCACCCAGCUGACUCAAUGGCAUGGAAAAAGUUUGAUGAACUUCACCAAUCUUUCACCGAUGAACCUCGUAAUGUUCGACUUGGACUUGCUAGUGAUUUCAACCAUUUGGAAGUUCUAGAACUCCGUAUAGCGUUUGGCCUGUUGUACUUAUUCCUUAUAAUUUACCACCUUGGCUAUGAAUUAUGGGAAACUGGAGUGGAGACCUUUGAUACGUCAACUAAACAGAACUUUAUGUUGCAUGCAGCUUUAUUAUGGACCAUCAAUGACUUUUCGGCUUAUGCAAACUUAUCUGGAUGGAGUACAAAAGGAAAAUUGGCUUGCCCAUGUUGCAAUAAAGAAACAUCCUCAAUUAGGUUAGAAAAUGAUAAAAAGCAGUGUUAUAUGGGUCAUAGGCGCUUUCUUCCUCUUAAUCACAAAUGGAGGAAUGAUAAAGAGUCAUUUGAUGGCACUAAGGAGCGAAGACUACCACCCGAAAUUUUAUCCGGUGAGGAUAUACUUGAUCAAGUGGCUGAUUUGGAUGGUUUACCACUAACAAAGGAUCCAAAGAAAAAGAUUAAAAUAUCACAUGAGAGUAGGGGUGAUAAUUGGAAUAAGAAGAGUAUUUUCUUUGAUAUUCCCUAUUGGAAAACUCUAUUGUUGCGACAUAAUUUAGAUGUGAUGCAUAUUGAGAAAAAUGUAUGUGACAAUAAUUUGAGGACAAUCUUAAAUGUCAAAGGAAAAACCAAAGAUACCAUAAAAGCUCGAUUAGAUUUGCAAGCAAUGAACAUAAGGAAAGAAUUGCGUCCAAUUAAAAAUGGGGAUAAAUAUGAGCUACCAACAGCAUUUUACACGUUAUCUCCUGAAGAGAAGAACAAAUUUUUCAGAUUCCUAAAGAACUUAAAGGUCCCAGAUGGAUAUUCAUCAAAUAUAUCUCAGUGUGCCAACACUAAAGAUCGCAAAAUUUCAGGCCUAAAAAGUCAUGAUUGUCAUGUUCUUCUACAACAUUUACUUCCACUUGCUAUACGUGGUAUGCUUUGCAAAUCUGUAUGUGAACCUCUUAUUGAGUUGUCUUUAUUUUUCAACUUGCUUGGAGCAAAAUGUUUAAGAAUGGAUGAGUUAGAACAGAUAGCAGCUCAAAUUCCUAUAACUCUGUGCAAGUUAGAAAAGGUAUUCCCUCCUUCAUUUUUUGAUAUAAUGGUGCACUUGCCGAUUCAUUUAGCUAAUGAAGCUAUGAUUGCUGGAUCUAUUCAAUAUCGAUGGAUGUAUCCAGUGGAGCGAUGGCUAUACUUUUUGAAAUCUUUAGUUGGUAAUAGGUCUUGCCCAGAAGGUUCUAUCGCGGACGGAUAUUUGGCAACUGAAUGUUUGACUCUAUGCUCAAGGUAUUUGCAUACAAUGGAAACAAAGUUUAAUCGCCUUGAGCGGAAUUAUGAUGGUGGUGUUAUUGAAUCUGAUGGAGGUUUAACAAUUUUUUGUCAACCUGGAAAAAAAUUAAGAUCUGGAGAAUUAGACAAACUUAAUCCAGAUGAAUUAGAGCAAGCACAUAUUUAUAUUUUGAAGAACUGUGAUGAAAUUCAAUCAUUUCUCGAAGAGUUUUCAGAAAUUCCAGGUGAUACCUCUCAAAAACAUCCAGAUAGGGAGUUCAUUAGCUGGUUUCAUGUGGAAGACUAUGACAGGGGUUUGAGAACUCAAAACUGCGGGGUGGUUGUAGUUGGUGAGACAGAUGAAGAGAAUAAAAAUAUUGAUUAUUAUGGAGAACUCACUGAGAUUCUUGAAUUGCAAUUUAUUGGAGGAAAAAGAGUGAUCUUGUUUAGAUGUAUGUGGUUUGAUGUAUAUGACCAAGAAAAGGGGGUUAAAAUGGAUGAAUAUGGCUUUGUUCACAUUAAUCCAUCAAAAUUUCAGAAGACUGAAAUGGGAGCAACUUCAAAGAAUGUACAUCAUGCAUAUAUUCAACCUGGUGAUUUAGCAAGGGGAAGAGGACACAACUUUGGAUCUUUGGGCUCUAUAAAAACAAGUAUUGGAAAGAGAACUUUGAUUGGCGAAAGUAAAAAUCACAACUCAACAGCCUUUGAGCAGAAUAAGUUUGCAUAUACUAAUAAUCUUGUGCCCCCUGGUUUCCCUUCGAUGGAAGACCAUGCUCCACUCGCUCAAGACACUGAAGCGAUGCAAGGGGACGAGGGCAAAGCUUUCGAUCUUUGGGCUCUGCAAAAGUAA